UUUUUUCUUGCUUACUAGUAACUGUACACAUUUUUUAAAUUUUAUAAUCUAAUUAUUAGUUUUUAUUUUUAGGAAAUGAACCAAAACGGCUUUAGUACUGGUGAAGAAGAUUCACGUGGCCCACUUGAUAAGAUAUGCUGUUUACAGGAAGACGGGUUUCGAUGUCAACGACAAGCCGGAACUGCUUCUUAUAGUAAAAAAAUUCGUAACACUGUCAGACAACUUAAGUUGUAUUUGGACGCUGUCGCGAGACACACCUAUAUUUGUGAUCAUCACAAGAGUAUGAUUCAAAGCGCUAGAACGCUAAAACCAUCUAGUCAAGUUGAAGCACCAGAGAUAGACUUUUCACAGCUAAAGAUGAAUAUGCUUAGGCGUUAUAAAAAAUAUUUCAAAGUAAAGACCGAACCGAAUCUGAAUAAAGCUCAAAUGGCAGAGACUUCAGUAAGCCAUUUUAAAACAAUACCAGUUAACGAAAAAGAAGCCCUUACAUUCUUCAUAUACACAAUCAAGACAAAUGGCACAAAAUUGGAUCAAAAAAAAUGA